UCCAGGGAGGAGUGAGCGGGGGAGUCGCUCUGCGCCCUUGARAUUCCUCCGGUGCCACUGAGCUGUGCCUCCACCUUGCCUCCGAGCUGCCAUGGCCACACUAGAGACGCUGCCAGUUCUUAGUGAGCCAACGUACCCCAGCCAGGAGAACUUCCACCCUUUUGCUCCCCGGCCUUCCCAACCCACCUCCCAGAGCACCAUGGGCAGCGUGGGCAGCGGCGUCGCCAACGACCAGGAGUUCGCCAUGAAGAGCGUGGGGACRCGGACGCAGAGCAGCGGCCGGCAGGCGGAGGGGUCUCGCAAUGGGUAUUCCACGCGGGACAUUUCCAACCGCUACUCCGGCGAGGAGAAGACCUACAAGUCCGAGAAGGUCUCCAACUCCCUCUACAUCAAUGGCGACUUGCGCAAGAGCGACAAGGUGAAGAUGGACAUCUGUGGGAACGUAACCACCAACAAUGAGAAGAACAUGCCGCCUCCGCCCCAGUACCGAGAGCCCAGUAACCCACCAAAGAUAUUGCCAAUCUCUGGCAAACUAGACCAGAGCAAUGAGCCCUUAGUUAGACCCUCAGCCUUUAAACCAGUAGUUCCUAAAAACUUCCAUUCCAUGCAGAAUCUCUGCCCGCCGCAGAGCAACGGGGUGACAGAGAACAGAAAGAGCUUGAACCAUGCCAACAGCAAUAGCCCGUCCGCACCCAAAAGUGGACUCGACAAGACCAGCCUUAACAGGACUACAAACCAAGUGGGAGGCCUUUCAGAUUCAGGCCGUAACUCGUUAACAAGCCUGCCCACGUACGGGACAGGCUACAGCCAACACGUGGGUCCAAUGAGCGCCUCGACAAGCCACAUCAACCGCAUCGGGACAACCUACGUGGAUAAGAACAUCGUGGGAUACAACGGGAUAUCUACCUCAGACAGCGGGCGGUCUUCGAGCAAGAGCACCUCUUCGUUCAACAGACUGAACCAUCUCAACGAAACGAUGCCUUUCCACUCGCCUUCAACGGAUGACAUCAUCCAAGACCUGGAAGACCGGCUGUGGGAAAAGGAGCAAGAGGUCCUCCAGAUGCGAAGGAACUUGGACAAAAGCGAGGCCGCCAUCUUCCAAGUGUUCGAGGAGAAGCAGAAGAUCUGGGAGCGGGAAAUGGAGGACUUGAGGCAAAAYUAUGCCAACAAAUUGCAGCAGGUUUCCAAAAAGGCCCAACGGGCUCAGCAGGCCUUGCAGCUCCAGAUCUUCAAGCUCCAGCAGGAGAAAAAAAAACUCCAAGAUGACAUGGGGCAACUCCUCCAACAGCGAGAGGAACUGGAGAAGAAAUUCGUGGCUUUCAAGAAGGAGCAGGCCGAGUUUCUCCCGAAGAUUGAAGAGACCAAGUGGGAGGUGUGCCAGAAGGCGGGCGAGAUCUCUCUGCUCAAGCAGCAGCUGAAGGAUUCCCAAGCGGACGUUUCCCAGAAGCUGAAUGAGAUCGUGGGGCUGCGGUCACAGCUCAAGGAAGGUAAGAACUUCUUGCGGGAGAAGGAGGAGCAAAUCCUCACCCUGAAGGACUCUUACAGUUCCAAAAGCGUCAACCUGGAGAUCUGYGAGAGCGAGCUACAAAGGAAGAUGAGCGAGGUCCAGGUGCUGAGGGAAAAACUGAACCACUGUGAGCUGGAGGUCUCUGGCCUGAAGCGGACACUUGCCAGCAUGGGACCUUCAGGRCCUUUCAGCGGAGACCUCGCCGAGAAGCUGAGGGACCCCCUGGCCUGCGAGAGCGAUGAAGCCAAGAUGCAGCGACAGAGYGAGGACAGCGUCAACACCCUGCGGAAGGAGUUGGAGCGUCUCCAAACGGAGCUAAAGCUGGAGCGGCAGCAGCGGGAGCAGCAGGUGAUGGACUUUGAAGAAGAACGGCGCACGUGGCAAGAAGAGAAGGAGAAAGUCAUCAAGUACCAGAAGCAGCUGCAGCUGAACUACGUGGAGAUGUACCAGAAGAACCAGCUCCUGGAGCACAAGGUGAACGAGAUGAACACAAAGGGCACCAGUCCCCCGCACACCGAGGAGAAAAAGCAAUGGACUCCCUCCAGACUCGAGCGAAUAGAGUCCACCGAGAUCUGAGGUGGGACCAAGACAAUAGCAGUCCCUUUUUUUAUUGCUGUGCAUGUACUACCUACUCAAGCCAGUGAUCUUCCGAAGGAUAAUAUGCUACCAUAGGAGAGGUGUGAGCCUGCUCACACCAAGCUCCAUCACCCCUACUCUAUUCUUCUGUGCUCUGUAGGUAAAAUAACUGUGGAUGUGCGUUGGUUUUCUAUCGAUAAUGCAACAUCUCGUUUGGUUUUGUUUUACUUUUUCCUAGUACAGCUGGUGAGGGUCAAUUGGCUCUUUUGUAAUCUGCCGUGACUGUUACUACUCUUCACUAGAGGCUGCCAUCCCUUCUCCCAACAGUUCACCCCUCUCUGSUUGGUUGGUUGGUUUGGAGGGUUGUAUUUGGUUUCUUUGGUUUUCCAAACAUUAUGUGCAGCAAAACAGUUCAAAGUGGCAGGUUUUUUUCAGGGCGUUUUUAGCCACAUUGGCUAAUGGGGCAAGGCUCUAGGGAUCAUGAGCGAAUUCAGUGCUCUGCAUCAAGUAUGCUGUCUAGACGGUGGUCUCAGUGAAGUCAGUGGGAGGGUGGCCACUGAUUUCAGUGAAACCAGACAUAUCUCUACCAGAUGACUCCCUUUUGCCAGCCUAUGGCUACCAUGGUCGCAAGAGGUUAGGACAUCCUUGAGGAGCAGGAUGAGCCUGUCCUGGUAACAUAAGCCAACUAGGAACUAGUYGCCCAGUGGGAGCCUCUUUUGAGGCUCAGCAGAGCUUGACAUAUGCUGCGUUUCCUGUUUGUGGUGGCUUCCUUCAUUUCCACUCCCAUCUUUGGUUAUGAACCAACCUGGGAGCAGAAAUGCCCUCCUUCCUCCGCCUUGGUCUCACUGUUCUUCCUAUCCGUUCAAGUUGGCUACAGCAAGAAAAGAAAAAAAUCUCCUAGAAACCCAAGCUCGUUUACCUUCUGAAGAGCCCUCUUGGUCUAGAGCAAGCCCAUAGAGUCAGUGGAACCAAGGUCCGGGGAGCCAUCCAGACCUGUGGGAUGGUUGUGCAACCUGAAGCUUCAGCAGUUUGCCCAUUAGUGGGCAGUGGGUAACUGUGCCAUCCACAACGCUUCGGUGUGUUUCCUCUGUUCMGGGUCUACUGAAGAAAGGCACCUGAACCUCACUCAGGAGUUGCGGUGAGCACAUGGCAUCACAGCCAGGUAAUGAUGAGGUCGGGAGGCGAGUGCUCACCUUCCACACAGCUGUUUGGAACAGGGCCCUUAGCAGUCCCACAGGGUAUGAAAUAUUCUGGGGAAAAAKAAAUUGCAGGUCCAGUUUAAGAGAAUAUUUAGCUACUAACCCAGAGCAGUUUCAAGAUGGGACAAUGCUUAAAAACAUGCAAGUGCUUGUGCUCCUGGAUGAGUAACCGGAAUGCAUAGUCACUGAGAAUGACGUGUCAAAAAAACUCACAGCUUUCAGCUUGAAAAGGUGGGCAAAGCAGGCCUGGUUCGACCUUCCAUGGACACCUCUUUARAAUGAUCCACAAAGAAAGGUGAAAAGCGCUCUAAAAUGGGCCUUGCCCUGUCUGAGCAGAGGCCAAAGGAUGAUUGCAAAUGAUCCUCAGGGGGCAUCUGCCCCAGAGGAGCUCRAGGAACAAAGCUGGAAUUCACAUUCAUGGGCUGUCCAUGUGAGGUGACCCCAAGGGGAGUCUGCCCAGACCAUGACUCACCUGCGAAUCAARGAGGGGCCUCAGGAUGUUGAGUGGCAGGUCCCCUUCCAAACAAGACCUGAAGCUACUCCUGUACAGUGCUUCCCUCCCCCAGAGCUUCCCUCUCCAUGAGUAGGUUGGACCUUUAAGUUGGGAUCAAAUGUUGUUCUGGAGAGCUCCAGACUGAGCAAAGAGGAUAAGCAGGAGAAACGAGUCCCCAGCUUGUCCCACCAACCUCCUGCCAGAGCCACCAUGCAGUACUAGUGGCCAGGCCCUGCUGCGGCUGCCGGUGGUGGACGGCAGCAAUUCCUGCAGCUUUAGGAAAUGGGGAUGUGUGAUGGGACCAGCCACUGCCACAAGCUGUUGGCAGGACCGCAGUCCCCAUCCCGACCCUCCUCUUUGCUCCGGUGCUUCACGGGCUGCAGCCUGAGCCAGGAGCCUCAAGGACACUGAGGCUCUUACACGUGGCCAAGCAAAUCUUAGGUCUUCCUCCAUUCCAUCGCUGGGCCUUUGUGAAGGAGCCCAACACCCCUCAAAGCAUCUUGUGUCACCUUGGCUUUCUGUGCCCUUCUUUCCCCACCAGAUCAACCCGCAGUGUCUUCCUUCCCCCAGCAGUCAGGAGGCAGCUGUGCUUGUGAAGGGCUUUGYGGUCUUUGGGAGGGAAAAAAAACAGCAAAGCACAAAGAAAUUGCAAAGAGCUGCCCCAGCCUGUCAUGGGCAGCUCUGAGGCCACCAACAAAGGGCAAACAUCCCACAACAACACAUGCCCUUGCUGCUAAUGAGUCCCACAACCUAGGGGAUCUUUUGCCACUUGGCUCCUCGCAGCACCUCUGACGUUACAUUUGGGUUCCCACUCCCCUUCACAGGAGGCAGGGGUUCAGGCUCCAGAAAACCCACGAGCGGUUGAGUUUGGAGGAUCUGCUGCUGAGGAGGUGAACCAAGUAACCACAAGUAACCCAGAACCAAGGUGUGUCAGUAACCAAGAGCAAUGGACACCAGCAYCAGUCUAUAGGACACCUGCUCACCGGAGCUCCACGCUAAUGCAUGGGCACCUCAUCACUUGGAUGUAGAGCUGUGAUCUAGAUCUGUGCAGCCUCCAGGGUGCCUGUUCCUGGAUGAUAGGGAGAUUUGCCCACACCCACUAAUGAAUUGAGCUGCUGCUGCUGUUUUUCCUCCUACUAGGACUAACCAACACCCCCCCCAAGCACUCAGCUGACCUGCAGAAACCACCUCCUUAGCUAAGCUGCAGUCUCCAAGCAUUAAAGGUGCCACAAAAUGCAGAUAUUUUUGGCAAGGGCACUCCCCCAAGUGCUACGUGUGAUUCCUUCACUCCAGGAAUCCUCCCCACAAUGGGAUGGGAUGCACUGUUCCCAUCACAUCCUCUCCCAUGUGCUAGUUCUGCCCUUUGAAGUAAUUACCCUUUGCUCAGUAGCUCUGGAGCAAAACUUUGGUGGGACACCUGGGUUCCUGUCACCUGUGCUCAGAUCUGGCCCAGACUGGAGCUCACCCGACUCACUGCAGACUUCGGCACCACCUGAUGUCGGCUUUUCCCCACUGGCUGGGUGAGGCUUUGUGGUCUUGGCUUUGGAACAGGACAACCACGGGGUGCCAGACUCAUGUUUUGAUGACAUAUCCUAGAAAUGGCCAAGGAGAGACCCAUUUCUAUGGAGCUCCUGCAGGCCUGAUAAAAUGUUUCUGUCCCAUAACCCCCGCCUUCA